UAUCUCAUCGUUUGGACUAGAGAUGGGCCGAAUGCGGACUUUUGCCGAAUACGAAUAUUCAGCCAUAGCCAUCCAGCAACAUUCGGUUUAGCUGUUACCGAACCGAACAUUCGGCCGAAUAUUCGGUUGAGCCAUAUUUUAAAUCUUGGCUUAGAGUUAAAAACGUGUCAAUGAUUGUCCACAAUGGCUCCCGGCACACCCAACCCUGCCAAGAUGCUCUUGCGCAGUGAGAUCUCGGCGCGGAUAGCCGCGCUGUCUGCUGAGGAGAAGACUCGGCAGUCCAGGGUGGUCUAUGAAAAGGUGAUCAACCACCCCUGGUACAAGUCGUCGAAACGGAUCGCGCUGUACAUGAGCACAGACCAGGAGGUAGACACCUCACCGCUUCUCCAACACGUCAAGUCCAAAGGGACGGCUUUCGUGCCCCAAUACGCUGGAGGUCACAUGAAGAUGCUGCGAGUGGAAGCAGGAGACGAAGCCAGCAUGGACGUCACCAAGCACGGCAUCGCUCAGCACAAGAAGGAUGCCAACAGGGAUGAUGCUUUGGAGUCAGGUGGGCUGGACCUCAUUAUCACGCCAGGGCUGGCGUUCAGCAGAUCUGGAAGCCGUCUCGGACACGGGGGUGGCUACUAUGACCGCUACCUCGCCAGAGUUAGGAGCAACCCUGACACUGCUCCCAAGGUUGUGGCUUUGGCUUUUAACUGCCAAGUCGUAGAUGAAGUUCCAGUCGACGAGAACGAUCAAAAAGUGGACGAAGUUAUAGCAGCUGAAUAAAAAACUCAUAGUAUAGUUUGUCCGGCGGGCUAAGGCAAAAGAGCCAUAAAAUUAAGAUAAUUAGUUAAUCAAUUUUAAAAAUAGCUUAAGUCAUUCAUUACAUGAACGAAAAGCUAACGUAAUAAUAUGUGUUAAGGUUCAAUGUCAAAUGAACGUCACUAAAAUUCUAGUAGCAAUAAAAAUAUUGGAGGGUAGGGUUGCCACUGCGCCACCAUCGGGAGUGUCGUACCUAUUAGGACCAAUGUAUGUAGACUAUGUAGUAGGAAAUAUGUUCAUUUUAAUAUGCCUACUUGUCAGUAAAAGAUCAUUCGCGAAGUGAAUCACUAAUUAUAUUUUAUUGAAACUUA